GUGGGUGAACCCCUGUUCAUUCUCCGAGGGGAUCGUGGGCCAAAUCCGGGUACCAAGUUAGGAACCAUGCCUGUGUUGCUCCCUUCCACCGACCCGGACCAGGACUCGCGUGUUGGGGCUCCAGAAUGGCGCCAGGCGGCCAAGGCCACGUCCCGCAAGGCACACCUUCUGACCGAUCGCUGUGGGCAGGAGGCAGUGACCAUGUGGCAGCCCAAGGACAGUGUGCUGGACCCGAACGUGGCGCACCACCUGGGCCGUGCCGCCUACAUGGAACCCUGGCGCUUUCGGGUGGAGAUGCUCAAAGGGGGCGGCACCGUGGAAAAGCCACCUCCAGGCGAAGGCGUCACGCUAUGGAAAGGGAAGAUGAAACCCCCGGCCUGGUACGCGCGCCUACCGCUGCCUCUGCACCGCGACGCGCGUGCCCAGCAAACCGCCGAGGUGGUGCACGCGCACGCGCGCGGGGCGCGCCUCACCGCCGCCCGCCUGGGCCGCGCGCAGCACCAGAUCAAUGGGCAGCUGCGGCUGCUGCUGCGCCAGCGAGAGGCCACUGACCGCAGGCUCAGCGAGGUGCGCAAGGGCCUGCUCAUCAAUGAGCAAAGCGUCAAGUUGCGCGGAUACCGACCCAAAAGUGAGAAGGUGCGACCCUCCCCGCCACCACACCAGAGGCACAGGUUGAUGCUUCCUUCUGCAGCUAGACAACACGCCCUAUGCUCCAUCUCCAGCGAGGACACCCCCAGGAUAGGGUAG